GAAUUUGGAUAAUCUGCAAAUACCUUUUAUUGGUUGAAAGUUGGAUUAUACACUACCAUGCAAUGGACUGGUGAAGUUUGGUAAAAAGAAUUUAAACCAUUUGUAUUUGCCCAUGAUAAACUAAUGAAACUGUUUUCAUUUAUUGUUGUUUUUGACAUUUUGAAAGUGCACACAUAUAUGGAGGAGAGAAAAUGAAUGAUGGAAAUGAAUUUAAAACAAUUCAUAUUGAAAGACCAUGAAUGUGAAUAUUAUUCUGUUAUAACAGUAAUAUAACAAUUUCCAGCAUUCAAAAUAUAUGAAAUGGCGCUAUCUUGAACUUGCGCAUUUUAACACUUUUUAUAUAUGACAUCACAUCAGAAGUUUUAUUGACUAUAAAGUGAAAUCCCUGUUAGACAAUCAGAGAAAAAUAGUUGAAACUUGCCGUUGAAAAGAAACAUGGUUGUUUAAUGUACAGAUUCAUCAAUGGUGUGUAUAACAGAAGGAAAUGAGUUUUCACAUGCACAAAAGAAGUGUUCUGACGUGGUUAAGUCAGUUUCAACAUUACCGAGCAACAAAAAUGACCUAGCAACAAUUCUUAGCAAGGAAAAUCAAGUUUUACAUAACCUUCGACAGCAAGUGUUGUUCGUAACCUCGGAAGUGCCAAACAGUGCAAUAUAUAACAUAAAGUGCAGUAGAAAAGUUUCUUUUCGAACCAAAGGAUUAUCAACAAAGGCAGAACAGGGGGAUAGAGACCCGUCAUACACUGGGGGAUAGAGACCCAACAUACACCAGGGGAUAGAGACCCGACAUACACCGGAGGAUAGAGACCCGACAUACACCGGGGGAUAGAGGCAGAACCGGGGGAUAUAGGCCCGACAUACAAUGGGAUGGCAUUCCGAACGACGAAAAUCAAUGCAGACUUGAAAAAACUGACUCCUGCCCCUGAUCGGCCCCGGAUUUUUAUGUCAAAUAAGACCUCUAAAGUUGUGGUUGUUUUUCCCAAUGGAGAAGUUGUUGAAGUGGCAAACCCACCAGAAAAAGCAAAAGAUGACAGCAACCUACAGUCGAAAAAUGGACAGCUCGCUCGCACAGGCUCCUUGACAGUUCUACGGCGUUCGAAUUCUCGCACAAAAGUUGUGUCCAAUAACAGUAGUCGAACAUCUAGUGUUGCCUCAUUAGAGAGCGAUUCCUACGCGAGUGUGGACCUUGGAACGGACAAACUUCCACCGGUGGAUGUACCUGAAGCCUCACAUGUUUGCUCAUUAAGAUUAAAACAUAUAGUUCGAAAACUGCAAAAGGAGGACAUCUCAAAAGAAGACUUAUUGAAAAACCUUGAAUAUGCAGCACAAGUUCUGGAAACUGUAUAUAUUGAUGAAACCAGCAAAGAUCCUUCUACAGAGAAAGUUGAAAUACCAUUUGAAGGUCUUAGUUCAGAUCAAGCAGAACUUAUAAGUCGAUGCCGAGAAUGUUCCAGCGAAGCCAUAUGCAAAUGUCGACAGCGAAAAAAUGACUCGAGACGUCUUUGUGAUGAAGAAGAUGAACUCAGUGAAGUGGAGCCCGACGCUGUUCCAACAGAAGUGCGGGAUUGGUUAGCGUUGACGUUCACUCGCGAAUGAGCAAUAUUAAACGUAGGGGCGAUGACAAGCCAAAAUUCCGCAGCGUAGCAAAUGCGAUUAGAGCUGGUAUUAUGGUGGACAGGUACGCCAAUAUUUUUGGCAUAUUAUCAAUUGUUGAUAUGCAAGUAUAACAACAAUUACAUCAAUUUCACAAUGUUGUAAUUGAUGUUAUUUCACAAUAGUUUUUUACCAUUAUCAGGCCAGGAAUUGAACUGUGUCAGGCCAUGGCUUUAUGACCGCUAUCAGGCCAGGAAUUGAACUGUGUCAGGCCAUGGCUUUAUGACCGCUAUCAGGCCAGGAAUUGAACUGUGUCAGGCCAUGGCUUUAUGACCGCUAUCAGGCCAGGAAUUGAACUGUGUCAGGCCAUGGCUUUAUGACCGCUAUCAGGCCAGGAAUUGAACUGUGUCAGGCCAUGGCUUUAUGACCGCUAUCAGGCCAGGAAUUGAACUGUGUCAGGCCAUGGCUUUAUGACCGCUAUCAGGCCAGGAAUUGAACUGUCUCAGGCCAUGGCUUUAUGACCACUAUUGGGCCAGGAAUUGAACUGUGUCAGGCCAUGGCUUUAUGACCGCUAUCAGGCCAGGAAUUGAACUGUGUCAGGCCAUUGCUUUAUGACCGCUAUCAGGCCAGGAAUUGAACUGUGUCAGGGCAUGGCUUUAUGACAUAUAUCAGGCCAGGAAUAUAAUUUUGUCAGGCGAUAGUGUUUGGUGUGCAGGGAGUGUUCAAAAAAAGGGCGAUACAAGUUAAGUGAUAUCAGUGAGUCUUAUUCCAAAGAUGGUGACGAAAAUGUAGUAAACACCGUUUUAGGCCACAUUUUCAACUGGUAAGUAGUGUUAAAUAUACAUUUCCCAUAAAUGAUGAAGUCGGCUUUUCUAUCUUUUUAUGACAAUAACAUAGAUAGUGAAACGAAAUAGUUGUUGAGGGAAAGCCCUAGAAAAUCACAUGUGGAGAAGAAUGUGCAAAAAUUCUAAGGUUGCCAUUUUCUUUCAAAAUAUGUAUCAUUUUGCAAUACUUUCUCUUCCAAUUUAUGUUAGGAAUGUUGGGUUUUAUUUUACAAGCGUUUCUUUAUCCUGCAUGGUAAAACAUUUUGGUUUAACCACUUUUAUGUUCACCUAAUGCUAGUUCAUGCACAUCUGGAGACCUGAUACUGGCUCAAAUCUACACUAUGUGGUGCAAAAUAAUGGAUAAUUUAUUUUGUUUAUAAGAAAGCGUCAUUUAACAGGUUCAAAUUAAUACUUUAUAUUAACGGUAGCUGUAAAUAUUUUAUCUGCACAAACUGAUCGAAUAAUAGAUUGCUCUUAUAGGUAAGGGUAUAAAGCUCGCUUGCUCACCCUUGUCCACUGUAAGACAGCCUGUUAAUUUAAUAUGAAAUAUUGUGUUUAGAAUCAAAAGGCAAGGGCCCAAAAGAGCAUUGAACAAGAUUCACCACAGACCUUACAAACAUCACAAUAGCUUCAUCAAUUGGAUUACCACUAUGAAAUAUUGGGCCCCCCAUCCAAGCAUUAUGCUUGUGAUGGGGGACAUUUUUGGAGAAGUAUACAACCAUAACACUUCAGUAGCCCAUAUUAUUGUUGCUCUUUACAGGUAAAAAAGUUGACCUUAUAUCACAUGACCACAUCAUUUUUAAACAUGGGAUUCAUGUGCACAACUCAUUUAAGGACUGUUUAUGUUGUCUAGUUUAACCAAUCAAAACACUCCAUUUCAUCCAAGAAAUCAUCAA